AUGCUAACCGUCCGGAACGGGGCUUUUCGGCUGCGAAGUCUGAAAAUGCGCCAGAAUCCCGUCGCAAAGUGUGGUCCCGCAGGGAUGGGGACCGGCCUGAGGAGGGUGCGAGCUCCCAGUCCCCGGUCUCGGCUCACGGGUCCCAGUCACAUGUCUCCUCUGAGCGGCUGCUGGUGCCUCACCUGGUGCCUAAUAACAGUGUCUGCGCUCCUUCCUCCUCCUCAGAAUGUGCGUCUCUGCUCCCACAACAUGGACCUGUGGUUACGGUGGAAUCCUCCGCUGAAGGAGAACCAGGAGGAGGUUCUGUACUCCACACAGCUGAAGAAGCUGUAUUUGGGAGACUCUGGGGACUUCUCAGCCUGUGUAAACAUCUCAGAGCUGGCCUGUGAGCUGUCAGACCCAGGGCUGGGGCUGGAUCUUCUUGAGUUCGGGCAGUACAGGGCCUCGGUCCAGGCCCAGUGUGGUCAGGAGCGGUCAGUGUGGGUCGACAGCCAGGUGCUCACCAUGGACCGAGACACGGUGAUAGGCCCCCCCGCUGUGACGCUGACCCCUCAGGGGGCGGGGCUAGAGGUCAGCCUGACGGAGCCGCUCUUACUGCUGUCGACCAUGACCCGAGUGUACGGCUCCACAGGGGUGCGCUACAACGUUAGCUUCUGGCCACGAGGACUACAGCAGGAGGUCUCUCAGGUUCUGGAUCAGCAGAGUCGGCUGGUCCUUCCGGACCUUCUCCCGUGGACUGAGUACUGUGUCCAGGUCGCCGUCCAUUUGGAUCCAGAGAAAAACGACAAGACUCCAGAGACCAGCGCAGUGCAGUGUGAGAGGACUGCAGCCGACCCCUCCUCCCCCUGGGUGACCGUGGCGCUCAGUGUUGGGGGUGUGGCUGUUGCCGUGGCGCUCUUGGCCAUUGCCGUGGGUUACCGCCGCCAGAUUUGCCACUUCCUGUGUCCGCAAGAGCGUCUGCCUCAGUCGCUGCAGCUCUGUCCAGAAGGUCCACAGCCACUCAGCUCUGAACCGGAGGAGGUGCAACCUCUCACUCUGCGCCAGGAGGAGUUUCCUCCAGGUGCUCCAGUUUCCUCCAGUGAUGGUGCCUGGCGGUGCAACAGUUUGAAGCGCUGUGUGUGA